CCUUCUUCGAAGGAAGUGCAGCGCAGACAAGCGACUCCAUAAGAAAGAAAAAAAAUAGAAAAAAGAAGAGAAAAAACUCGGUGAAUUUGUCAAAUCUAAAAGAUUUGAACAGAGUUUCUGAACUGUACCGGGCUACGGGAAUUCCGGGAAGGGAGCACGCUCUGUUAGCACAGAAAUUAUGGAGGAUUCCCAUUUUAACUCUCAGUACUUCUGGUCCCCUGUGCCUGUACAAGGACAGAUUGAGAACGCCAUGUUCCUGAAACAACUGAAGGACCAGGAGAAGAACACUUCGUUCCCCUCCUCUCAUUACCAGACGACCUUGCUCACUGUCCCCAAGCAGGAGGGAGGGGGGCAGGGCCAAGGGGGUCACCUACACCCCCCUCACACCCAGAGCAUCACUGUGGUGCCUGUACCUUCCACUGGUAUCAUGACAGCAGCGGGUCUGGUCAUCACAACCCCUCAAGGCACGCAGCUGGUAUCUCCUGCCUCCCCUCAGUCCUUCGUCUCUGGACAUCCCACCACCACCAUGAUCGUCUCUACACUGCACGCUUCAGAAAAGAAACAGGAAGGUGGAACCCCCCAGGUGGCCGUCAUGCCGACACCCUCGAAGCGAGGCAGGAAGAAGAAGUCGACACUAGGGAGGGCGGGGCCUGCCGGUGGCCACACCCUCUCCGCCGGAAAUGAGGCGUUGAUUCUGGCUCACUUGGCGUCCGGAGGGCAGGUGGUUAUGUCUUCGCAGCAUUAUACAACUGACCCGUACGACCUCGCCAACGAAGAUGAGAACCACAGCGGGAAAGACUGCAACAAGACCUACAGGUGCCGGAUGUGUGCUGUGACCUUCUUCAGUAAGUCAGACAUGCAGAUCCACUCCAAGUCUCACACAGAGGCCAAGCCCCACAAGUGUCCCCACUGCUCCAAGUCAUUCGCCAACUCCAGCUACCUGGCCCAGCACAUCCGUAUCCACAGCGGGGCCAAGCCCUACACCUGCUCCUACUGCCAGAAGUCCUUUAGACAGCUCAGUCACUUACAGCAGCACACACGAAACCACACAGAGUCCAAGCCCCACAAGUGUCCCCACUGCACUAAGUCCUUUGCCAACUCCAGCUAUCUGGCCCAGCACAUCCGCAUCCACACAGGGGUGAAACCGUACACCUGCUCUUUCUGUCAGAAGUCCUUCAGACAGCUCAGUCAUCUACAGCAGCACAACAGGAUCCACACAGGAGACAGGCCUUAUAAGUGUGUUCAUCCGGGCUGUGAGAAAUCCUUCACACAACUCUCCAACCUACAGUCCCACAGACGGCAGCACAACAAGGACAAACCCUUCAAGUGCACCAACUGUAACCGUGGUUACACGGACGCGGCCAGUCUGGAAGUCCACCUGUCCACUCACACGGUCAAACACGCCAAGCUCUACUCCUGUGGCCUCUGCAACCGCACAUACACCUCUGAGACGUACCUGUUGAAACACAUGCAGAAACACAACUCAGACCCGCUCACUGCAGCGGCGGUGGCUGCUGCACAGCACUCUCAGCAGAACCAACAGAACCAAAGCCAUACCCAGAACCAGGGAGGUUCUCAUGGCCGAGGAGAGGUCACCGAUAGUGGGGCAGACCGAGCCGGAGGACAAGGUGGAGGUCAUGGACAAGGACAGAGCCAGGGGCAAAACCAGGGUAGCUACUCUCAGGCAGAGACGGCGUCCUGCCCCUUUGACCUGCACCAGUAUAAGACAGUCGCUGCAGGGGACAUCCAGUUCAAAACAGUCAGUGUGGCGGACCUAGUGACCCACAAGGACCUCUGUCUCACUGUGGCUACCUCCACCAUUCAGGUGGAGCACCUAAACUCAUAGGGGUAGGAGGGAGGAGCGGUAGAGACAGAGGCCUAUGGACAGACUGGAUAAAAGCAAUACAGGGGGGAUAUAGGAAGAUGUGACUGUGCCUGAAAGGUGGGUAAUGGAAGAGGAAGUUAAGAGAUGUUCGAACAGAGAUGGAGUCUGGAAAUAGAGGACUUUGUAGUUUUUUGUACUCGUUUAUCACUUUUAUUUCAUUAUGCCUAUGUUUUUGUACUACUCUUUUAUAAUGGAUGGCUAGUGUAUACCGUUGGUAAAGGAGUGUUUCUCUGUCCGUCACUGCAAUGGUGCGGAAGAGACACAAAAUGACAGGGGAAAAUGGGUGAAGAAGAGCGAAUGUUUUCUAUUUUUUUUAUCCUCCUACUCCCUACAAACACAACUUUGAUUAUGGUCACAUCCGUGAAGUGUAUAACUGAAUCUGACAGAUAACGGUUUAGGUACAUUUUUCAACUUUCCCACAGAUACUAUCAGGUUUUGAUUACAUCAUCAUUGUCAUGAUGGUUACUGUAAUCUACCUUGUAAAAUUUGCUCACAAAUCUUUUUCACUGGAAAAAAAAAGGGAAGUAGGCUCUGUUUUCCGUUUCUGUAAAGAAAAAAGGCCUGCAAAAGUAUAUAUUGAUAUACAUACCAGUGUAUAUGUGUGCGUGUUAAAAAUAAAUGUAUAAUCCAUACUAUAUAACACUUUGAUAUUUACCCUCAGUCCACAAGCCAAUCAUAGAGCCCUGUUUACCUCACCUGACCCUGUAAGAACUGGGAAGUGAAUGUGAUCAGCUGGUACAUGUUGUAUGUAAUCCUUGUAGUAUUUAUUUUUUUGUGACCUAAGAAUAUCAUUGUUAUCCAAAUAUAUUCUGACUACUUCCACUACUGUUAUACUAAAGUGUAUGAGCCUUUACAAAUAGACUGAUACAUAUGAAAAUACAGUUUUCCCUUAUCAAACAAUAAACCUCACUGAAGUCCAACAA